UGCGCAUCGACAUAUAGCACUAAGAUGAGGUCCAACAUUGGUGUUGUGUAAGGAGUCUGUUAAGUGCGUCGCAGGUCAAGCCUCUCUGGUUGAAAAGGAGGAGUAGGAGGAGGAGAUUGCAGCUUGGCUACACUGUUUUGAGUGAAGAAAAACGGGGUUGACAUGUUUCUCAUGAUCUAGUGGUGGUGGUGAUGGUGGUGCUACCAUGCUAGAUGUGGCGUAGAAUGAUUGAGUUGCAGUAACUCAUGCUUGGAAGGCAGAGUUCGUUUCCACUGGAAACGGCUUUCGGGAAUUGGAGUGUUGUUGUCUGUGCGCACGCACUCGGCAAGUAUGAAGCUGAUUUGUGUACUACUUGAACUGUUGGUGGUGGUGGUGUUGUUGAUGUGCGCCCAAGUGUAUGGUGCACCUUUCCCUGCGCCGCAGAUUAGAUACUGUUCCAACACGACAGGUUGCUGUCCUCCGCCGGAUGCUAGGGUACCAGUAGAUUUCUUUUUUCAGCCUGGCUUGCCUAUGAGAGUGCGAAGUGCCGCGCAAUUCGUCGACGGCAAAUAUAUUGCAAAGUAUCGAAAAGCGUAUGCGGCGAUGAGAGCUCUCCCCCGAUCGGACCCUCGGUCGCUGUACGCGCAAGCACAGUUGCACUGCGCUUACUGUGGUGGUGCAUUCAAAUACAAGGGUAGUGCAUGGGGGCUGGAGAUACACGGUGGGUGGUUUUUCUUUGCCUGGCAUCGCGCAUUCCUUUACUUCCACGAGCGGAUCCUUGCAAGUCUCAUUAGGGAUCAUACAUUCGCUCUGCCAUUCUGGAACUGGGAUAACCAGUUGCCGAUUGAACCCCUUGGGAAUAUCAUUCCCUGUUACUUCGACGAAGUAGAUAACAACCCCCUGUACUCUCCAAACCGAGCACAGUGCGCUCGUCCUCCAAACAUCGUAGACCUCGCAUACACUGGCGCAGGUUUGAACGGCGAGUGCCCUGAUAUGGAGGGACUGCAGGAUUCGAACGGUGAGAUCAUGCGGCUUCAGAUGUCGGCUGAAACGGCGAGGCUCUUCCACGGGAAUCCAUACAGAUACAAUACACGAGGAGGCAGGAGUCCAGGAAACAUGGAACGCACUCCACACGGCAAUGUGCACGUCUUCGCAGGAGAUCCUUUGGCAGACCUUCGCCUUAACCCUGACACGCAGCAGAAAUACGCUGCCUACGACGAUAUGGGGAACCUGAACAGGGCCGCCUAUGACCCAUUGUUCUACGCGCACCACACGAACUUGGAUCGCCUGUGGGAUUUCUGGAUUAAGCAAGGCGGUGCACACACGGACUUUAGCGAUCCCGAUUAUCUAAACUCGAAGUUCAUUUUCUACGACGAGAAGCAGAAUCUAGUUUCUAUCCAGGUUAGCCAAGUCCUGGACUUGGACAAAUUGAGAUACAAAUACGACGAUAUGAUCAACCCCUGGCUAAUGGAGCCGCCCCUCGAUCCUCCUGACGAGAUUGCACCGUCUCCCUCCAUGUAUGUUCCACCUCCGGCACCUCCGGCACCUCCGCCCGAGAUGGGUAUGAUGAGAACCAUAGCGGAAGCUUUCGCAACGGAACCGUCUCCCGGGCCAACGGCGGAUCCAACCACCUGCUCACCAACUUUCGGCCCAGACGUGAGCAGAAUCAUCAGAUACGCCCCACCACUGAGAAAGAACGGAACACAAUUCUCCACAACGCCACUGACGUUUCGAGUUCGCAGACUGGACACCACGGGGAAGGGGUUCGAAGUACUGACGUUCUCCGACUUGGUGAUGGACUGGACCGAGCCUGCACAGAUCCACGCCUUCCUGUUCCUGCCGAAUGCCACUGCAGCCUCGAUCAGCUGCCCGGAGUUCUUCGGCACGUUCUCUCACAUCCCUGAAGCAGCCCGCACCCGACCUAAGGAUUUCAGCAUGACAUGGACGCUGGGACUGACAACCAGGCUGCGUGAGAUCGGCAAGCUGCACGUCCGCCAUGUCGUCGUCACGCUUGUCCAGAUCGGUUCUGAGCAGCUCAUCCGCUUCCAGGACGCCAUUAUAGAGAUUGAUAGUAGCUAACGAAUCGGCGUGGGUCUAGCUAUCGACAGCAAGCACACCCACUUCCCUUUCCCUUCUUUUUUGUACAAACGAAUUGUCAGGCUUUACAAUAAAAAACUAACAUACAAACAAACAAUCAAACAAAGGAGUUGAUCACCAUUCUAGAGCCUGGAAUGAAGCUUGGGUUUUCCGCUCCGUGGAUCUCGUACCCUUUGUUCUGAUUUUGUUUUUUGUUUUCAUGUGGUGCCACUCACACUCUGCUUCAGCCCUGAGAGCUUUAAUUUUCAGUAAGAUUUGGUGUAAUGUGUCAUAGAUUCUCAGACUGGAUGUUGAACAAUGAGUUUUGAGUUGUUGAAUAGCAUAACAAUAACGUCCACCUUUUUGUA